AUGAAUGAGGAUGAGGCUAUUCAGAACAUCACCAAGAAGAUUGAGCGGGAGAAGGCGCUCAUCAACGCCGCCAAUGCCAUGCGGUCACAGACCAACAACGAGGCCGUCCGCUCCCGACUCGACUCCCAGAUGCGCGACGGCCGCCGAAACCUGCAGUUCUUUGAGGAGAAGCUGCGGGACAUCCAGCUGCGAAAGGUCGGCCAGGGCGUCGAGGGCAUGUCGCUGGGCGGCGACGACGGCGGCGCCCCUCCUCCGCCGCCAAAGGACUCGUCGUCGUUUGGAGACCAAGGCUACGGCUCGAUGAGUCGAGAUGGCCCUCCCAGCGAUUUGCCGCCGCCGAAUCCCAAGUUUGGCGCUCCGGGCCCUGGAGCAGCCUCCAAGACUCGUCCCAACUUCACCAAGCUAGGUAUGUCUACGAUGAUGCUGCCCACCGCCUCGCUCUUCGUUGCUACCCCCCCCCUGUCCGGCGUUCUCCCCAUCUGGAUCUUCUUUCCCCUCCUGCCUGCAAGAUGGCAAGCUGUUGCUAACCCGAUUCACUUGCUCACAGACUUGAUCAAAUACGAUACCCCUUACCUUGGCCCUCGAAUCCAGCACAUGCUCUCGCAGAUCCAGUUCAAGCUCAACGUCGAAGAGCAGUACCUCAAGGGCGUUGAGAAAAUGGUUCAGCUGUAUGGCAUGGAAGGCGACCGGAAGAGUAAAGCCGAUGCCGCUGCUCGUAGAGUGGAAAGCAAGCAGAAGAUUCUUCUCUUGAAGCAGGCGUUGAAGAGAUACGAGGAACUGCAUGUCGACAUGGACACUAGCGAUGCCCAAGAUGACGACUCAAUCAACACUCCCAACCUUCGCAAGCCCCUAAGCGGUCAGCUUUCCAUUCGCGUCGUGGCCAUCAAAGAUGUGGAUCACGCCACUACCGGGCGAUUUGCUCGAGGCCCAGAAACUUUCGUUGCCGUUAAGGUCGAAGACACUGUCAUGGCCCGAACAAGAACGUCGAGAAAUGACCGCUGGGAAGCCGAGUAUCACAACAUAGAAGUUGACAAGGCCAACGAAAUUGAGCUGACCAUCUACGACAAGCCCGCCGAGCACCCCAUGCCCAUCGGCUUGCUCUGGGUCCGGAUAUCGGAUAUCGUCGAGGAGAUGCGUCGCAAGAGGAUCGAGGCCGAGAUGAACAGCUCCGGCUGGGUGUCCGCCGACAGAAUGGGCAGCUCUGGCCCUGGCCAAUUCCCAAUGAGCCCAACGUCUGGCUCUUUUGGAGCAUCAUCCCAAACUCUCGGCGGCGGCCAGGGUCAAGGAGGUGCGCCCUUUGGUGAUCCGGGCCCCCAGCCGCAGGUAGUUACUGGCCCUGUCGAUGGAUGGUUCAACCUUGAGCCGGCUGGACAGAUCCAGCUCGAGUUCAGCUUCGUCAAAGAAAACCGACAGAGGCAGGUGGAUCUGGGUCUGGGACGAAAGGGCGCUGUCCGACAGCGCAAGGAAGAGGUUCACGAGAUGUACGGCCACAAAUUUGUGCAGCACCAGUUCUACAACAUUAUGCGCUGUGCGCUUUGCGGAGAUUUCCUCAAGUACUCUGCUGGUAUGCAGUGCGAAGACUGCAAGUAUACUUGCCACAACAAGUGCUAUCCCAGCGUCGUCACCAAAUGUAUCAGCAAGAGCAAUGCCGAAACCGAUCCGGACGAAGAAAAGAUCAAUCACCGCAUUCCGCACAGGUUCCAGCCUUUCUCCAACGUCACAGCCAAUUGGUGCUGCCACUGCGGCUACAUACUUCCGUUUGGAAAGAAGAAUUGCAGGAAGUGUUCAGAAUGUGGCCUCACAUGUCACGCCGCUUGUGUUCACUUGGUCCCGGAUUUCUGUGGCAUGUCCAUGGCUGUGGCCAACCAAAUUCUCGAAGGCAUGAGAGUUCAGAAGCAGCGCAUGUCGGAAAAGACGCUGCGAUCAGGCCCCAGCAAGAGCCCCAUCACCGGCCACGCUUCAUCAGGCUCUUUCUCGAGCGCCGGAGCAGGCUCGACUCCUGGAACUCCCUCUGCUGAAGCUACAGAGGCAGCACGACUCAUGUAUGCCAGCCAGACGUCGCCUCAGCGGCCCGAUCACCCAGGCCGCGCGCCUUCCGACCUUUCUGCUGCCGCUGCAGCUUCUGCAGCCAUGGCCGCCGCUCAAAACCGUACUGGAUAUGACUCGGCACAGCAGGAUCCUUAUGCUCAGGGAGGACAAUAUGGCGGUGCCCCUCAGACUCCAGCGCACCACAGGUACAACCCGGCCGAUUAUGCCAAUGUAGACCAGGGUUUCGCUUCUUCUCAGCAGCCAGCUCAGCAACGACCUCCGCCCCAACAGCAGCAGCAGCAGCAGCAGACGAUGCCUCCCCCCCAGAUGCCUCCCCAGCAGCCUCCUCCCCAGCAGCCGCUGCCAGCGCAGCCGAGCCAGCCCCAGUACCAGCAGCAGCAGCAGCCGCCCGCUGCCCCCAAGCCGCAAUCCCCUGCCCCCUCGGCUGCUUCCCAGGGAACUGCUGCCACAGGACCCGGAGGCGCUCAGCGCAAGGCUCUGCCGUCUGCUACCGAUCCUGGUACCGGAGCGCGUAUUGGUCUUGAUCACUUCAAUUUCCUUGCUGUUCUUGGAAAGGGUAACUUUGGAAAGGUCAUGUUGGCGGAGACCAAGCGAUCCAGGCGAUUGUUUGCCAUCAAGGUACUCAAGAAGGAAUUCAUCAUUGAAAACGACGAGGUGGAGAGCAUCAAGUCGGAGAAGAGAGUGUUCCUCAUUGCCAACCGGGAAAGGCACCCAUUCUUGACCAACCUGCACGCCUGUUUCCAGACGGAGACGCGUGUUUACUUUGUUAUGGAGUACAUCAGCGGUGGUGAUCUCAUGCUUCAUAUUCAGCGCGGCCAGUUUGGCACUAAGCGAGCACAGUUUUAUGCCGCCGAAGUUUGCUUGGCUCUUAAGUAUUUCCAUGAGAACGGCGUCAUCUACCGUGAUCUGAAGCUCGACAACAUCAUGUUGACGCUUGAUGGACACAUCAAGAUUGCCGACUACGGUCUUUGCAAGGAGGACAUGUGGUAUGGCUCAACAACGAGCACUUUCUGUGGAACUCCCGAAUUUAUGGCUCCAGAGAUUCUCCUAGACAAAAAGUACGGCCGUGCGGUUGACUGGUGGGCAUUUGGCGUCUUGAUUUAUCAGAUGCUUUUGCAGCAGUCUCCGUUUAGAGGUGAAGAUGAAGACGAGAUUUACGAUGCUAUUCUCGCCGAUGAGCCGCUGUAUCCUAUCCACAUGCCUAGGGAUUCGGUGUCUAUUCUGCAAAAGCUCCUCACCCGAGAGCCUGAUCAGCGUCUUGGAAGUGGACCUACGGAUGCCCAGGAAAUCAUGAGCCAACCCUUCUUCCGCAACAUUAACUGGGAUGACAUUUACCACAAGAGGGUGCAGCCACCUUUCCUGCCACAGAUCAAGAGCGCCACGGAUACGAGCAACUUUGACUCUGAGUUUACCAGCGUUACUCCUGUUCUCACACCAGUUCAGUCUGUUCUAUCUCAAGCGAUGCAAGAAGAGUUCCGCGGAUUUAGUUACACGGCAGAUUUGGAGUAG